CCUAGUUUGCCUAUCUUGUUGCAGAGUCUAUAAUCAUUACACAAACAUUCAACUUUCAACACAUUGACCUGUUUACAUUUGGGGGAAAAAAAAAACAGCGCAAAGUGCGGUCCGGCCAGCCCCUCCCAUGACACACGUGACCGCCCGGCCUUCUGCUUGUCAUAUAACCUCCCCAGCCUGCCUCCAACCACCACUGUAAAACUACAGCCUAGCAGCAUGGCGAUCAUCCCCGCCGGCAUGUCCGCACCGUUGCUGGGUGCCGGCCUGCUUCUGGCCCUGGUGGCGCUCACCUAUAAACGACUGAGCUCCUACCUGAAAAACUGGGCGGUCAUGAAACCCAUCCCGGCCGUAAGCCGCACUUAUCCCUUCAUCGGCAACGCGUUGGCGUUGAAGACGGACGCGGUGGAUUUCUUCCAGCAAAUUCAGGGUUAUGCAGAAGAGUUCUGCAAUGCGCCGCUGAUUAAACUUUGGCUCGGGAUGUUGCCGUUUGUGAUUCUCUAUCAUGCAGAGACUGUUGAGCCAAUCGUGAGCAACCCUGUUCAUAUGGACAAAUCCAGCAUCUACAGCUUCCUCCAUCCCUGGCUUGGAACCGGUCUGCUAACCAGCACGGGGCCGAAGUGGCGAGAGCGGCGCAAGAUGCUCACCCCAACAUUCCACUUCACCAUCCUGCAGGACUUCCUGGAAGUGAUGAACGAGCAAGCCGAGGUGCUGGUGAACAAGUUGGCCUCCCAGGCAGGCAGAGGCCCUUUCAACUGCUUCAACUACGUCACGCUGUGCGCACUGGACAUCAUCUGUGAAACCGCCAUGGGAAGGAAAAUAUACGCCCAAAGCAAUUCUGAGUCCGAGUACGUCCAGAGCGUCUACAAAAUGAGUGACAUCAUCAGUCGCAGGCAGAGGUCGCCGUGGUUUUGGCCCGAAUUUACGUACAAAUACUUCGGCGAAGGGAAGGCGCACGACAGCACGCUCAAAAUGCUUCAUUCCUUCACGUAUGAGGUGAUUCGUGAGCGAGCGGAAAGUCUGAAACUGGAGGACCAGACUGAGCCUGAGACCAGGAAGAGGCGAGCGUUCCUGGACAUGCUGCUUAAGACCAAAGACGAAGAUGGAAACGCCAUGAGCCACCAGGACAUCCAGGAGGAAGUGGACACCUUCAUGUUCAGGGGCCACGACACGACGGCGGCCUCCAUGAAUUGGGCCCUUCACCUGCUGGGCUCUCAUCCUGACGUGCACUGCAAAGUUCAACAUGAGCUUCAGGAAGUGUUUGGUACGUCAGAACGUGUGGCCAGCAUGGAGGACCUGAAGCAGCUCAAGUACUUGGAGUGCGUCAUUAAGGAGGCCUUACGCCUCUAUCCCUCCGUGCCCUUCUUUGGACGCAGCCUCUGUGAAGAUAUAAAUAUCAACGGUUUUAAAGUCCCCAAAGAAGCCAGCGCCAUCGUCCUCACGUACUCUCUCCACCGAGAUCCUCGGUUUUUCCCCGAGCCGGAGGAGUUCCGGCCCGAACGUUUCCUGCCUGAAAACUCAGUGGGGAGGCCUCCCUAUGCGUACAUCCCCUUCUCGGCUGGCCUCCGCAACUGCAUCGGUCAGCGCUUCGCCAUCAUGGAGGAAAAAGUGGUGCUGUCAUCCAUUUUGCGUCAAUUCAACGUGAAAGCCGAGCAAUCGCGCGAGGAGCUGCGUCCGACGGCGGGGCUCAUCCUGCGGCCCGAGCACGGCAUCUGGAUUCAGUUGGAAAAGCGGGAAAAAGCGCAGCGGACGCUUCUCAUUUGAGCAAAAAAAAAAAAAUAAAAAGUUUGCCAAAGAAUGAAAUAUGGGCUUUGACGGUUUUUUUUUUUUUUAAAUAAUUCUUCAGUACGAAGUCGUUCUACAUGUACAUUCUUUGUAAAUUGGUGAUGAUACUUGUAAAUUUUAUUGUAUAUUGUUAUCCAAUU